UCAUGAUGUCACGCGUGUGAAAGGUCAGGGUGUAGAGGUUACGUACGUACGUGCGGCGUGUGAUGGCGGCGAGCGCCAUCGUUGUUUCUGAUUUCGUAUUUUCUGCACUUCAUUGAAUUGAUCUUUAGAUUUUUUUCCUACAUUAGUGUAUUUGGAGAAAAUAUCAUAAAACAUGGCUUCCACAGCGGCAGGAAAACAAAGAAUACCGAAAGUGGCAAAGGUGAAAAACAAAGCCCCAGCCGAAGUUCAGAUCACAGCCGAGCAGUUGCUCAGAGAGGCUAAAGAGAGGGAACUAGAGCUUCUACCACCGCCACCCAAACAGAAGAUCACAGAUGAAGAAGAGCUGAAUGAUUACAAGUUAAAGAAGAGGAAAGGAUUUGAAGACAAUAUCAGGAAGAACCGUACUGUCAUCAGCAACUGGAUAAAGUACGCGCAAUGGGAGGAGAGUCUCAAGGAGGUCCAGAGAGCUCGCUCCAUCUACGAGCGUGCUCUGGAUGUGGACCACCGGAACAUCGCUCUCUGGCUGAAAUACGCCGAGAUGGAGAUGAAGAACCGGCAGGUGAACCAUGCCAGGAACAUCUGGGACAGAGCCAUCACCAUCCUGCCCCGGGUUAACCAGUUCUGGUAUAAGUACAGCUACAUGGAGGAGAUGUUGGGCAAUGUUGCUGGGUGCAGGCAGGUGUUUGAGCGCUGGAUGGAGUGGGAGCCAGAGGAGCAGGCCUGGCACUCCUUCAUUAACUUUGAGCUGCGCUACAAGGAGGUGGAGAAGGCACGCUCCAUCUACGAGCGAUUUGUGAUCGUCCACCCUGAGGUGAAGAACUGGAUCAAGUACGCUCACUUUGAGGAAAAGCACGGCUACAUCGCGCACAGCAGGAAGGUGUUUGAGAGAGCGGUGGAGUUCUUCGGAGAGGACAACAUCAAUGAAAACCUCUACGUGGCCUUUGCCAGAUUUGAAGAGAAACAAAAAGAGUUCGAGCGCGUUCGCGUUGUCUACAAAUAUGCCCUGGACCGGAUUCCCAAGCAGAAGGCACAGGAGCUCUUCAAGAGCUACACCGUCUUCGAGAAGAAGUUCGGAGACCGGAGGGGCAUAGAAGACGUCAUUGUCAACAAGAGGCGCUUUCAGUACGAGGAGGAGGUCAAGGCGAAUCCCCACAAUUACGAUGCCUGGUUUGAUUACCUCCGCCUGGUGGAGAGCGAUGCAGAUCCCGACACUGUCAGGGAGGUUUAUGAGAGGGCCAUCGCUAAUAUUCCCCCUAUCCAAGAGAAGAGACACUGGAGGAGGUACAUCUACCUCUGGAUCAACUACGCCCUGUAUGAGGAGCUGGAAGUCAAGGAUCCUGAAAGAACAAGGCAAGUCUAUCAGGCAUGUCUUGAGCUCAUCCCUCAUAAAAAGUUCACAUUUGCCAAAAUCUGGUUGUUGUACGGCCAGUUUGAAAUACGACAGAAGAAUCUUGUGUUUGCCAGGCGUGGUAUGGGUACAGCUAUCGGUAAGUGCCCAAAGAACAAGCUUUUCAAGGGUUACAUCGAGCUGGAGCUUCAGCUGAGAGAGUUUGACCGUUGUCGGAAGCUGUACGAGAAGUACCUGGAGUUCGCUCCGGAAAACUGCACCACCUGGAUCAAAUUCGCCGAGCUGGAGACCAUCCUGGGAGAUACGGACAGGGCGCGAGCCAUAUUCGAGCUGGCGAUUGGACAGCCCCGCCUGGAUAUGCCAGAGGUGCUGUGGAAGUCGUACAUCGACUCUGAGAUCGAGCAGGAGGAGUACGGAAACACACGAGAGCUUUACAAGAGGCUGCUUCAGCGCACGCAGCAUGUGAAGGUAUGGAUCAGCUACGCGCACUUCGAGCUGUCCAUCGAGGGCGGAGGCCGCCUGGGGAGGUGCCGGCAGAUCUACGAGGAGGCCAACAAGGGAAUGCGCAGCUGCGAGGAGAAGGAGGAACGGCUCAUGCUGCUGGAGUCCUGGCGAGACUUCGAGCGCGAGUUCGGCAAUGACAGCACGCAGGACCGCGUCAGCAAGCUGCUGCCCGAGAAGGUCAAGAAGAGGAGGAAGCUGACCGCCGAGGACGGGUCGGACGCUGGCUGGGAAGAGUAUUACGACUACAUCUUCCCGGAGGACGCGGCCAACCAGCCCAACCUCAAGCUGCUGGCCAUGGCCAAGAUGUGGAAGAAAGAGCAGAUGCAGGACGAGGUGGACGAGGAGGAAGAGGAGGAGCUGGCCCGGGAGAGGGAGUGGGAACUAGCCAAAGAGAAGGAGAGGGAGGAGGAGGAGAGGCUGAUGGAGGAAGCCAGACAGAGGGAGAAGGAGGAAGAGGAGGAAGAGGAGGAGGACGAGGAGGAAGGAGAGGGUAGAACGCCACGGCGAGAGAGGAACGGUGAACCCCGGGAGAAGCGAAGCCCCGAGGGGGCGGCGCACGAUGACCGCGACGAUGACGAUGAAAGCAGCAGCAGCAGCAGCGGGAGCAGCAGCAGGAGCAGCAGCGGGAGCAGCAGCAGCGAUAGCGGUAGCGGAAGCGACAGUGACAGUGACAACGAUGACGAAGCCAAGAAAGCCAAGAGCAACAAAGACAGCAAAAAGAAGAACGAUGAGGCCUAAUUUCUGAUGACAGGAAAAAAUGUAUUCUCUCAAAAAAUGACUGUUUUGGCCUCUAUUCUUCACUCGGGUUUACUUCUGGUUUCUUUCUGCUUUUUUUAUACAAAAGAAUAAAAAAUGAAUCCAUUUUGUCAUUGAGAAUUUGCUACGGUUCCUGUCAUUGCUUCGUAAUGUCCCCUUCAGCUUCCUCGGAUAUCAAGGAACCGUACAUGAGUAUUGUAUUAAUUUGCCUUUUAAACUGUUUCAGAAAGAAAAGGCUGAGAACUAGUAAAAGUAGCAGUGGGAAGGUAAAUUGAAUGUCAGCUUGUUUUUUCCAAGUUAACAGCAUUUGUAUGACAACCGUAUCUUGUGAAUGUACAUUUACAUGAGAAAAAAGUUUCAGUAUUUUCAAGGAUUGGUGUAAAUUGCUUUUGCAAUGGCCUUUCUAAUAAUAAAAAAAUAACUUGCCACCCCCAA